UCAUUCUCCAAGUGCUCCUAAAACCCACCCCCUACAGCUCUCUCUCUCUCUAACUUUACCCUUUUAACAAAAAAAACAAAGAAAAAAAAAAUGGCAAGCGCAAAUCCAGAAACCGCCAAACCCACGCCUGCAUCGGUGGACAUGGCUAACCCAGAGGAGCUUAAGAAAGUCUUCGACCAGUUCGAUUCCAACGGCGACGGCAAGAUCUCGGUGCUCGAACUCGGCGGCGUGUUUAAAGCCACGGGGACUUCCUACACGGAGACGGAGCUCAACCGCGUCCUUGAAGAGGUCGACAUAGAUCGCGACGGUUUCAUCAACCGAGACGAGUUCUCUACUCUCUGCCGCUCGUCUUCCUCCGCGGCGGAGAUCCGUGACGCCUUCGAUCUAUACGAUCAGGACAAAAACGGACUGAUCUCCGCCGCUGAGCUUCACCAGGUUCUUAACCGCCUUGGAAUGUCUUGCUCUGUCGAGGACUGUACUCGUAUGAUCGGACCUGUGGAUGCUGACGGAGACGGGAAUGUCAAUUUCGAAGAGUUUCAGAAGAUGAUGACCUCUUCCUCCCUCAUCAACAACGGAUCUGCUAAUGGAGGGAGUAGUAUAUUCGUAUCUUUGUCUAUAUUAAAGCUAUUUCCGGGUGUAGUAAUCAAAGUGGUUUAGGAAACAAGUGUGAUUACCUUAAAUAUAUGGCAAGCAACUAGUCCUCGUGAAAAAGACAACCCCAGUUUGCAAAAGAUAUAUAGAGAUGGAAUCCUAUGGUGCUGGUUGACUGGUUGUGUACAUUGGAAAAAAGAAGACGUUUACGUCUUCGAAUCGUAUUCCACUCUUCCUCUUUGGAGUAAAAAGAAUCAAAUGGACUUCCAUUUGUUCGUUCCACUCGUUCUCUAUGGAAGAAGAACUUUUGACUUGUUUGUGUAAGAGUCCGGCCUAUUAAAUCCCAUCUUAGGCCCUAAGUUUAUUUUAUUUGUAAUUUUGUUAACAAGUCAUAACCUAACCGUGAGUGAGUUUGGUAAUUGUCAAAACUCAAACGUACCGACUACUACUUUUAAAACAUGCAUGAUUGAGCUU